AUGACUCAAAGUAUGAGAUCGGACCGGCUGGCCAGAUAUUUUGGAGCUGUCCUUCAUGGAACGCAGAAGGUCCAGGAUCUCAGUAGCUUCAAGCGGCUCAUCGCAGCCAUUCUCGACCAGAAAGAUCCCUGCGGUACGUUUGAGCAACUCAUCCUGAGCCCAAGCGCCCUCAGCGCUCUUCGGAUCGGAUUGAGGUUCAACCUCACACCCGCCUUCAUCAACGGAUAUACUGCGAAGUUCAUCCUUCAUUUCAUAUGUUGGACGCCAAAUGGAGAAAGUCGCCUUUUUUGA